AUGGAUAUUCCUCGAUCGAGGGAAUCACAAGAAUAUGAUCAACGAACGAUGCAACGGCCAGCAGAUACGUCUUCACGAACAUCUCCACUAAGUGUGCAGACAAAUCCAGUCAUGAGCGCGAAUUUUAAAGUUCAUAUGUGGCAAAAUCGCCCAUUUGAUAGUGGUGUACAUACAAUGACACAUAGUCAGGCUCCAUCAAUGAUGUCCAUGACAUCUAUCCAUGCCGGCUCACAGAUCUCUACAAUGUCUUCGGUUGUUGACACGGAUGUGGCCGAACUCACCGAUCAGCAACAACAAAAAUUCGAAAACAUCUCGUUAGCGCUAUGUCCAACACAUCCAGAAUUUGGCAAUGCAGAAGGUGUGAUACCAGAACUAUUGAAUCUGAUGAAGGAUAACGAUGAGGUUGUUGUAUAUAGAGCACUUUUCAUAAUGCAAAACAUUGCAAAAUUGGAUGCGGACAUUUCAAGGACACCAAGCGCGCGAAUUCGCGGCAGUGAAGCAGUAAUGGCCAUUUUGAACGUGCUGCAAGUGCGGAGGAACACACCGAACAUCAUCCGAAUGGCUUUGGGCACCUUAUUUCAAAUUUGUAUAAGAGCCGAUGGCCUUGAUGAUGUAGCAAAUGUGAAUGCACAAACUAAUGGUGAACUCAUUAGAAUGCUGAUCGAACAUGCAAGGUAAAC